CAAACAUCAGGAAUCCCCAAAAAAUGCAAUACAAAGCAUGCAUCAGACUUUUAAAGGACAAAGAUAAUCUUAUCUUCCCAGCCAUCUUCAGUUCAUGAUGAACGUGACCACAUUCACUCUGAAUCUCUCCAGUUUACUCAAUGGGACAGACGCACCGGUCUCUGGUCCCGUCAACUGGAGGACAGCAAUGAUCACUCUCAUAACCAUUCCACUCUCCCUCAUUACCAUCAUAGGCAACGUCCUGGUCAUGAUCUCUUUUCGGGUCAACCCACUCCUGAGGACAGUGAGCAACUACUUCCUCUUAAGCUUGGCCGUGGCUGACUUCAUUUUGGGCGCCAUCUCGAUGAACCUUUACACUACCUACAUCCUGAUUGGCCAGUGGACUUUAGGAAACCUUGCCUGUGAUGUGUGGUUGGCUGUGGAUUAUGUGGCAAGCAAUGCCUCUGUUAUGAACCUGCUGGCCAUUAGUGUCGACCGCUACCUCUCUGUCAUGCGACCUCUGACCUAUCGAGCCACUAGAACACCCAGAAGAGCUGCAGUGCUGAUUACUCUAGCAUGGACCGUCUCCUUUGUGCUUUGGGCUCCAGCCAUUUUGUUCUGGCAGUAUAUAGUGGGUGAACGGACCGUUCCAGAAUUCCAGUGCUCAAUCCAGUUCCUGUCUCAGCCUGUGAUCACAUUUGGAACAGCCAUCGCUGCAUUUUACCUGCCAGUAAGUGUUAUGGUUGCAUUGUACUGGCGGGUGUAUCGUGAGACAGAGAAACGCUCUCAGCAGCUAGCUGGACUGAUAGCAUCACAGGGAGGACGCACUGGAAACGCAUCUCAGAGAUCUUGUCACAGCAGUUCUCGCAGUGUUGAGGAUGUAAGUCCACAAACAGACCAGAAGCAGCACAGGAAGGGACAAAGGACCAUCUGUCCCACGAUCACCCAUCAAACAGCAGCGUGGUGGAAGAAACGAAGGGAGAGGGACGAGACGUCCAACUCAUAUACUACAUACAGCCAUCCACAGAUGGACACUGACCACAUUUCUCCAAGAACAGACGAAAACAAAUACAUUCCACUUGUUCGAAUGGAUAAAACUGCAGUCAAUAAUCAAUCCAUGCGGAGCUGUCAGCCAGGCAGUCAGAAUUCGCUUAAUUUGCCUGUGAGUCCAAUAACCACAAGUGCUGCUCAACCUUCUGCUCUAUCACUGACCACAGGCCAGCAGGGCCGGAAAGCCCGGACCUCGUGUCUGAUCAGGGAGAAGAAAGCGGCCCGGACCCUCAGUGCCAUUCUCCUGGCUUUCAUUGUAACAUGGACACCCUAUAACAUCAUGGUUCUAGUGUCCACUUUCUGUGACGACUGCGUUCCUGAGGGUCUGUGGCAGCUGGGAUACUGGCUCUGCUACGUCAACAGCACAGUCAACCCUCUCUGCUACGCACUCUGUAACAAGCACUUCCGGGUCACGUUCAAGGCACUGCUGCUCUGUAGGUGGAAGGAGCAUAAGAAGGGGAUCAGGUGGACCCCAACUGGAAAUGGCUGAUUUCAUCACAACAUUUAUUAAGAGUGGGAUUUUCUAUUCAUGAUAUUGGUUAUUCAGCACUGGUUGACCAGUCAUGAGUUCAGGGACAAAAACUGAUGUAUAUUAGGAUGCCAGAGAGCAUGUGGGCUUGAAAAGAUCCCAGAGAUCAAGGUUGUGCAUCAAAUACAUGAGGUUCAGAUUGUCUGUUUGUGUAAUCACGUCUUGGCAGGGCAUGUAGCAGUUUUCAGGUUUGAAUUGCCUAACUUUGACACAUUUAAAAUACAAAUGUAGCAUCUGGGUAUGUGUUUAUCAAGCAUAAACUCUUUAACGUACAAAUUUGUACUAGAGCUGU